CUCCGGCUCCUCCAUCUUGGCCUCGGCAGUGGCGGCUGCCGGGAGGAUGUGCCGCCUUCUGGCAGGGGGAAGAAGGAGGAAAAGAUGAAGAAGUACCGGCGGGCCUUGGCCCUGCUCUCCUGCCUCUCUCUGUGCUCCCUGGUCUGGCUUCCCAGUUGGCGUGUAUGUUGUAAAGAGAGUUCUUCAGCUUCAGUGUCGUCAUAUUACUCUCAAGAUGACAAUUGUGCACUAGAAAAUGAAGAUGUACAAUUCCAGAAAAAGGAUGAAAGAGAGGGACCUAUCAAUGCUGAAUUAUCGGGCAAAUUGGGUUCAAAUUUACCUAUUCCUUCAGAAGAAAAUAAAUUAAAAGAUGACUACAUUGUGGAUGUACAAAAUACAGAAUCAAAAAAGUUAGGUUCACCUGUGGUUGAGACACUCCAUGCAGUUGAUUUACAUGAAGAUUCUUCCAAUGUAGGUGUAGGCAGUGAAAACGGAGAAAAUAUUUCCAGCUCAACUACCUCAGAAAUCACUCCAGUCUCAAAGCUUGACAACAUAGACAAGUCUGGUACUAUUCCUAUAGCCAAGUCAAGUGAAACUGAGCAAUCUGAAACUGACUGUGAUGUUGGUGAGACCCUUGAUGCAAAUGCUCCAAUUGAACAACCUUCCUUUGUCAGUCCACCUGAAAGCCUUGUUGGCCAGCAUAUAGAAAAUGUGUCAACUUCACAUGGCAAAGGAAAGAUAACAAACUCAGAAUUUGAGUCAAAUGUUUCAGCAAGUGAACAGGGUGGUGGUGAUCCACAGUCUGCAUUGAAUGCUUCAGAUAAUUUAAAAAAUGAGAGUUCUGAUUAUACAAAACCAGGAGAAAUUGACCCUACUUCUGUAGCAAGUCCCAAAGAUCCAGAAGAUAUACCAACAUUUGAUGAAUGGAAGAAGAAAGUUAUGGAAGUAGAAAAAGAAAAAAGUCAGUCAAUGCAUCCAUCUUCUAAUGGAGGUCCACAUGCCACCAAAAAGGUCCAGAAAAAUCGAAAUAAUUAUGCCUCAGUAGAAUGUGGUGCCAAAAUUUUGGCUGCUAAUCCAGAAGCCAAGAGCACAUCUGCCAUUCUUAUAGAAAACAUGGAUCUUUAUAUGUUGAAUCCUUGCAGCACUAAAAUUUGGUUUGUUAUUGAACUUUGUGAACCAAUUCAAGUAAAACAGUUUGAUAUUGCAAAUUAUGAAUUAUUUUCUUCUACUCCGAAAGACUUUCUGGUUUCUAUCAGUGACAGAUACCCCACAAAUAAAUGGAUUAAGCUGGGUACUUUCCAUGGUAGAGAUGAGCGGAAUGUCCAGAGUUUCCCUUUAGAUGAACAGAUGUAUGCAAAAUAUGUAAAGAUGUUCAUCAAGUACAUAAAGGUGGAGUUGGUGUCACAUUUUGGAUCAGAGCACUUUUGUCCAUUGAGCCUUAUAAGGGUAUUUGGCACUAGCAUGGUGGAAGAAUAUGAAGAAAUUGCUGAUUCCCAGUAUCAGUUAGAACGUCAAGAACUAUUUGAUGAGGACUAUGAUUAUCCACUGGAUUAUAAUACUGGGGAGGAUAAAUCCUCAAAAAAUCUUCUUGGUUCUGCAACAAAUGCCAUUCUAAAUAUGGUGAAUAUUGCUGCUAAUAUUCUGGGAGCAAAAACUGAAGACCUGACAGAAGGAAAUAAAAGUAUAUCUGAGAAUGCCACUGCCACAACUGCACCUAAAAUGCCUGAAUCAACUCCUGUUUCAACUCCUGUUCCAUCACCUGAGUAUGUAACCACUGAAGUACAUGUACAUGAUACAGAACCAUCAAUACAAGACACUUCAAAAGAAAGCCCCAUUGUGCAACUAGUUCAAGAGGAAGAAGAGGAGGCGAGUCCAUCUACAGUGACCCUUCUGGGAAGUGGUGAACAGGAGGAUGAAUCAUCACCCUGGUUUGAAUCAGAGACACAAAUAUUUUGCAGUGGACUGACCACAAUUUGUUGUAUUUCUAGUUUUUCGGAAUACAUAUAUAAAUGGUGUUCAGUUAGAGUUGCUCUUUAUUGGCAGCACAGCAGAACUGCUGUGAGUAAAGGAAAAGAUCAUCUUGUAUUGGCUCAACCACCAUUACUAAUUCCUGCAAAAUCAGUAGGUGUUUCAGUAUUGCAACCUCUGAGUGGAGAAUUGGACAGUAAGAAUAUGGAAAGGGAAGCUGAAACUGUUGUUCUUGGUGACUUAAGUAGUAUGCACCAAGGUGAUUUGAUGAAUGACACUGUAGAUGCAAUUGAACUCGAACCAAGCCAUUCUCAAACUUUUUCUCAGUCUUUUCUCUUAGAUAGUACUCCAGAAAUUAAUUCAUUGUCUAAAAUAGAAGUAUCUGAGUCUAUUAAACAAGAGGCAGGACAUACCCCAUCACAAGUGAUUCCCCAAGAGAGUUCUGUUGAGGUUGAUAAUGAAACAGAAAAGAAGUCUGAAAGCUUUAGUUCUAUAGAGAAGCCGUCUAUUAUCUAUGAAACAAAUAAAGUUAAUGAGGUAAUGGAUAAUAUUGUAAAAGAAGACAUGAACUCUAUGCAAAUUAUCACAAAGCUGUCUGAAACAAUAGUGCCACCUAUAAUCACGGCCACUGUACAAGACAAUGAAGAUGGGGAAGCCAAAAUGAACAUAGCUGACACACCAAAGCAAAUUUUGACUCCUGUUUUGGAUUCUUCUUUAUUACCUGAAGUAAAAGAGGAAGAACAAACUCCAGAAGAUGCCCUUUUGAAAGGGUUACAAAGGACAGCUACAGAUUUUUAUGCUGAAUUACAAAAUUCUACAGAUCUAGGAUAUGCUAAUGGAAAUCUUGUACAUGGAUCAAACCAAAAGGAGUCAGUAUUUAUGAGACUUAAUAAUCGUAUUAAAGCCUUAGAAGUUAACAUGUCUCUCAGUGGUCGCUAUCUGGAGGAGCUUAGCCAAAGGUACCGAAAACAAAUGGAAGAAAUGCAAAAGGCUUUCAAUAAAACGAUAGUAAAACUUCAGAAUACUUCAAGAAUAGCAGAGGAGCAGGUUUCAGAUCGACAAAGCUAUCUUGUCAUAUCUUUGGUUCUCUGUGUUGUCUUGGGACUGAUGCUUUGUAUGCAGCGUUGUCGAAACACUUCUCAAUUUGAUGGAGAUUAUAUUUCAAAACUUCCUAAAAGUAAUCAAUAUCUAAGCCCUAAAAGGUGUUUCUCUUCCUAUGAUGAUAUGAAUUUGAAAAGAAGAACUUCAUUCCCACUCAUCAGAUCCAAGUCUCUACAAUUAACUGGCAAAGAAGUAGACCCAAAUGAUUUGUACAUUGUAGAGCCCCUCAAGUUCUCUCCAGAAAAAAAGAAGAAACGCUGCAAGUACAAAACUGAAAAAAUUGAGACCAUAAAGCCUGCAGAUCCAUUGCACCCUGUAGCCAAUGGAGACAUAAAAGGAAGGAAGCCCUUUACGAACCAGAGAGAUUUUUCUAAUAUGGGAGAAGUUUAUCACUCUUCUUAUAAAGGUCCUCCAUCUGAAGGAAGUUCAGAAACUUCAUCACAGUCAGAAGAGUCCUAUUUUUGUGGCAUUUCAGCUUGCACAAGUCUGUGCAAUGGACAGUCCCAAAAGACAAAAACUGAGAAGAGGGCUUUAAAACGGAGGCGAUCUAAAGUCCAAGACCAAGGAAAAUUGAUAAAAACUCUAAUACAGACUAAGUCAGGAUCAUUGCCGAGCCUGCAUGACAUAAUCAAAGGAAACAAAGAGAUCACCGUGGGAACAUUUGGUGUUACAGCAGUGUCGGGACACAUCUAAAACUAGUUGAACUUUUCAUUCUGGAGACUUUUUUGUUGUUUUUUGAAGACCAGUCUGUAUUUGAAGGGUUUGGGGGAGGGAGAAAAUAUUAGUGGGAAAACUAUUCAGAAAUUAUGGUUUCUGCCUUUUUAAAAAGUAGAUGGGAUUAUGUCAAUCAUGGUUAAUGAGCUGCAGUUUUACAAGGCUGAUCAUUUCCUACAAGGACAAUGGUAAACAUUUUAUAAAGAUGUUUUUUCAUAGAUUAAUUACUGGGACAAAAGUAAUUUGGAAGCCCAGUCCCUUGGGUGGGAUAGGAAUGAAAGCAUAAACCUCUUCCUUUAGCUUUGUUCCUAUUUUUUGCACCUUCCCAUAUUUAUGUGCCUUUUGUCUAUUUAUAAUGCCACUGGAAGAGGAGGGAAAACUUUUUCUGUCAUUUGAUUUCUUUUAUAACUUUGUUAGUUUUUUUGAAGCUGCAAACACUACAAGGUUUUAGGGUGGUCUUUGCCUGAAGCUCAGCAGUGUGGGUAAGACAGUGUAAAGAUCCUAAAGACUUGCCAAAUAGAUCUCUGUUUAACAUACUCACUGGAAAUAAACACUUGCUGGAAUUUUUAAGUCUAUUCUUUUAGGUAAAUGGUGAUGUUAUUAAUGUUUUCAUUAAACUUGUUUGGACUGGAUUACUAUAAUUACUAAUUCAGUGAGAGAAAAACUACAAGAUCUUUUCUUGCAAAUGACUGGUAUUUGCAAACAAAUUUUUGAUAAAUUCACCUUUUAAACACAUUUAACCAUUUGUGAAGGUUUUCUUUAGCUAUAUUACGUUUUAAACAUUCACACUAAACACUAGUCCUCCAAACUUUCCACAUCACUGUUUUCUAUUACUACAAAUAUAAAAUUUGAAGGUUUGGCAAGGGAGUCCAGGUCUUAUAUGAUAUAAUCACUGCCUGUGUACAUAUGAACAGAACCAGCUAGUGAGUUUGUCAAGCCUUGUCUAAUUGGUCAAGUCUAAAGGGAUUAUUAUUCCUUGAGGUUUGCUUUGUAUUGGCUACAGAUGUGCAGAGAUAUAUACAUAUGUGAUGGCAAUAUGUCUGUCUUCAUUUGUCUUUUUUCCUUUAAAAAAUAAUUGGCAGCGACUGUAUUUGAAUAAAUGAUUUCUUAGUGUGUGAUUGUACAGUAAUGAGUGAAAGUGAAACAUGUUUCUUUUUGAGAGAAUUGACCAUUUUGUGUUGUGAGAUUUAUGUUAUAACUUAUUGAGCACUUUUAUUAAUAACUGUAAACCUGUCUAAUACCUUUUUUAGGGUAUUGUUUGUAAUGUGACUAAAGCCUUUUUUAUUUGAGUUGCUGCUUUAGGUUAACAGUAUGUUUUAGAAGAUUUCAAUUUUUUUUCCAGUCUGCACAAUUAGCCAUUCAGAGCAAGAGGGGCUGAUUGUAUAGAAGCCCCUUGGAAAGAGGUCCAGCUGAGAGCAGAGGUACAGCAGGAAGUUACACCAUCUGUGUGUUGUGGGAAGAGGACUUUCAAUAUGUAACUACAGAGCUGUAGUGCCAUUAGAAACUGUGAAUUUCCAAAUAAAUCUGAAUACUUGUCUUUAUUAA